CUGCCGGUGACGGUUCGUCAGGUUUUGUUGCCAAGAACCUAAUACAAGUAUACCUGUAGUGAAUAAAUCCAAAGAGUUUUUCGACUAUUUGCCGUAUAAGAGAUAUGAAUGAGGACCACGUCGUUCUCCCUGGAGGUCGUUACUCUGCUCUUCCUCACAUUGAUCCCCUGGCCUGGGCCGUCAGUAUUCAAGAUUACCUGCUCUCGUGACAACUCCAAAAUUGUCAGAAAAGUCAUACAAAACAAAUGGCUUCCCGUAUUAGAAAGAUUUCAGGUGAAAUUGCCGCUAGAGUGUCCAUUCCAUCCGGCGCGCGAUAUCUUUGCCCCGCAACACGCUGCCAAAUUACGUCACCGUGCCUCACAGUGGACGUGCGCCUUUUGCGGAAAAUCGUUUUACGAAGAGCGCCACCUCGACACGCACUUCGAUCAGCGACACAAGAACCAGAUUAACAAGGCAGAGGACGCAGUAUGCCUUGCCGACUACUGCGACAUAAUGCGGUGUCAGGUGCUCAUAGCACACGGGUCAAUGAGCGCUGGUGGUGGCCCAGGUACUGAUAUCGAAGUAUGGCAAGAUAUAGAGGCGGCAAAGAAAGCUCUCGCACCCGCUGCCGUCCGCAGUGUAGCCCGCGUACCCAAUCGCAAGAGGCACCGGCCGCGGCCAACUCCAGUUACACCUGUUACUGACUGUCCGAAAAAAGACACUGAGAGUGAAGAGCCAGAAGUAGAGGAAAAUCGAACAGAAGACAGCGAGAGCGAUGCAAAUCAAACGGCAGAGUUGUGCGACGCGGAUACUGUGGAGUCAUCUCUACCACCCGAUAGCCGACAGAAGAGACUCGCCGAUUUGCAGGCCGAGAGGGCGGCCUGCGACCCCACGCGACUGCAAGGACUUAAGGUCCGGUGUGAAAAAGUGGUUCAUUCUUGUAUUGCUACUCUUCUUCUGCAUCUGACGCAACAUCAGUUUACGGAGUUGGAAGAGGAGAUGCAGCGCGCAGUCUGUUGGUACCUGAGCUGUGACCGUUACUGGGAAGACACGGGCCCUGCGGCCCGAGCCUUUCCGUGGCCGCUCGUAUUGGCUCUCGCCACUGGGCUCGCAUUGGCAUUGUGCAUGUGCUAUUAUAUCAUUUGGAUAGUCUUUGAUUCCGAGGAAGGAAGCGUGGCAGGUAGUGCAUCGGUUUCCAUGACAACGCAUUCCUCCCCGACGCGUGCCGAGCGUCUGGCUGCCGAAGAGGCUCUCCUGGAGGACCCUGACCACGAUGACCAUUACAUCUACGUCACCUAUCCUCCGGAACUCAAGCGGCGACUUCUUGAAAGGUUUCGGAAGUCUUGGGAGCGGACAACGAAGCUAUUCAACUUUAAAUGAACUUAGAUUAUUGAAUACCUGUGUCUGUAAUGUGAAUACAGUCUAGACAUUAGACGCUACAAGCUGAAGAGACACAUAUCGACAGACGGUUCGUAUAGAUAACAUUCGCAUCCUUUCGGAGCGUGGGAUUUGUAUGGGCAUACCUUAACUCACCGCGGGAGUGUGUUUUGACCCUUACACUUUUUAAGAAGGGUAAUAGCUGAGAUAAUAAGUCAAGGGAUCUACACAUUUCUAAGUUUUGAAACUUUUAAUAUACUUUUAUUAUAUACUUAAUUGUGUACGGACAGCAGUUUUUGUCGGACCCUUAGGAAUUUCCGUUGACAUUGUAUGAAUAGAACUUGACGUCCAAUGUGCUCAAUUUAAGAAGUCGUUAACUACGGUGGAUGAUACCAAGAAGUAGUCCAAGACUUCCGAGCUCUCUCGAUUAGUCAAAACAAUUUGCUAAAUGUUUUGUAAACGUAGUAUUCAGAAUUUUCAUUUAACAAUUAAAGGUUUGUGUCUAAUAAUCGGUACCUACGAAAAUGAUUGAAUUCUGGGGCUGAUUCUGUUACACUAUAUCUUUAUGAGUUUAAAUUAUAUUUUUAGUCUUCGUAGAUCGAGCACACACCUACUUAAAUCUAUUAUUAUUGUAUAGUAAAACUCUGUAACGCAAAUUUUUGCUUAAUUAUAGAAAACCAGCAGUUUCCUAAUAUGCCAUAGCACAUACGACUUGAUAUGUUAGUGAUAUGUUGUCGUCAAAAUAGAACUGGACAGGAAAAUACUCUGGCAUUUGGAAAGAAGAUGUACUUCUUGGAAUUGCAUUAAUUCGAAUAUUUAUAUAUACUUGAUAUGAGGACCAUUGGCAAAAUUUCGGUCGGUAUUGCGAACAAAUUUUUCGUUUGUGGAAAAACCUUUGUGUAUUAUAAUGCAUAAUUACAUAGGUGCAAAAGUGGGUUAUUGUGAAUAAGCUACAGGGUGUAAUAAUUUGCAAUAACAUUGACGCAGUGCCGCCUUUACAGCAAGGAGGCACCGAGCGCCACUCGAUGCCGAUGCCUCCAAAGAGUCUGUGUUCCUCGCGACAUCAUUUAUAAUUGGACCAUUGGCACAAGAAUUACCUUACAUUACUUUAAAGCCGGAGAUGUGUCGUUUCGUGCGCGUCAGAACGGUAUCGGUCGGUAAUGUAUGAAACAUUUAAUUUGUUUAGGUUUAUAUUAGCAAACUGACGUGACGGCUUGUAUUAUGUGUAUGAAACCGAUACCGUUCACGUCAAACAAAUGUCAAUCAGGCUUUAGUAUUAUUUUAAUGGCGUGCCUACUAGAGCCCUCCAUGGUAUUCGUUGUACCCGGGCGCUACAUGAGCUAGCACCGGCUUGCAUUGCCGCCCUUGUGACUCAAGACGUUUUUGAAAACGUUUGGGAUAAAACAGCAUAUUUUUUGUUUAUAACAAUAUGGACUUUUCAUAAAAAUCCUUAUAUACUUUGUCUCUACAUUUUGGUAACCGGAGAAUUUUCUUUUUCAUUUCGCGCUUCGUUCAAACCGUCUAGAGGAGAUCAUUCUAUGAUAUUAGCCAAAUCACUUCAAUUAUAUACAAUAUGUUAUGAAGUAAAACUAAAAAGUAACAAUAUUUCAUAACAAUUUCAAGAAGAAGGCGUGAUUCUUAAUUAUAUAUAAGCAUGUUUCUACAUGCUUUUGUUGAAGUUGAAGGCAUUCAGAAUUACAAUUUUUUUCGAACACUAUACAUGUGCUUCACAUCCACAAUUCAUUACUUAUUGAAGUAUUACGUUUCGUAUUAUUAAGUCAUAUUGGAAAAAUACUUACGCAUAUUCUUGAAGUUAAGUGUAACUGAGUCGGCUUGAUUAUCGGUUAGUGAUUUUCAUGAAAGCCUUGCAUCCGGAAGCUCGUGAUAAGUAAAUGGUGAAUAUCUGAGAGAUGUAGAUGAUGUUUUAACGAAAUGUAAGUUAGAGAUACGUGCUUUUGUAUUGCGUCUGGCACUGAGGACGAAUAGGGCAGACUUUUGUGUUAAAUACACUUUGUAAAUAAAUUGUGACUUUUCACUAAAUGUUUGAAAUUAAAAAUUGCUUGAACGUUUUUCAUAUUUUUUAAGUUUCUUAAUAAAAUAAAGAAAAAUAUGAUUUUGUUAUGUGAUUGACUCUAAAAGAGGGAACACACCACAUUAUAUUUGAUUAUUAUACAUUUAUGAAAGUUCUUACAAUUGAGGCUAUCGUCACAAAAGUGGUGUAACUCCAUGAAAUACAUGAAGGAUUUAAAAUAAGCCAAAUUAAUUUUAUAUACAGGGUUAUUUUUAAAAUACAAAGAACGAUGAAGGACUAUAUUACUAACAUCAUAAACAGCAACUUUUGUUCCGUGUCUUUUGAUAAAACCUGUAAAUACUUUUAAGUAUUUUUUGUCUUAUCUGCCACUUUUUGGACCUGUACUUGGUAGUAAGGUAGUAAGUUCAAACGUGCAUGCGUCUUUUCUGACGAUUCCCGCGUUUUGUACAGAGUUAUCACCAUUUAG